AUGGCAAUCGAAAAUCGAGGCCCCGAGCUGCAGGCAGUGGGCAUCACGCUCGUUUCCUUUGCAAUCAUUUCAACCCUUUUACGAUGCUAUGUGCGAUUAUUUAUGGUAAAGAGCUUUGGAUUUGAUGACUGGUGCAUGCUGUUUGCUCUUAUAAACUUCGGUCUAUUUGUUGGAUGUGCGUUGGUAGGCGUCGCCUUUGGCACUGGGCGACAUCACAAAGAUCUACAGCCCCACGACAUAGAAAUUGCGCUCAAAGUUUGUGAAUCCCCAUCUCCUCUUCUGCAAGAAAUCUCCCUAACGGAUGAGAAGUAUUGGUGGCUAUGCUAUCUAUGGUACUGCCUCUCAAUGAUGGCAUCCAAAUUAUCCAUUGGCAGCUUCCUGCUUCGCAUCACCCUUCGACGAGUACACGUCUGGACGAUCUAUAUCGUCAUGGUUAUUACCGUCCUUACUGGCGCCGUCUUCUUCUUCGUCACGCUCUUUCAGUGCAGCCCCGUUUGGUAUUUCUGGGACAAGAAUGUCUCGGGCACGUGUGUCGACCCCGAAGUCAUCAUGGCCCUCACAUAUCUCUACAGCGUCCUCAGCGUCAUCUGUGACUUUACCUUUGCCUUCCUUCCUAUGUUUAUUAUCUGGAAGCUCAACAUGAACAAGAGAACCAAAAUCGCCCUGUUCCCCAUCAUGGCCAUGGGAUGCGUAGCUAGCGCCGCCGUCCUCGUUCGAUUCCCUUAUAUCAAAGAUUUCAAGAACCCAGACUUCCUCUGGGCCACUCUGGACAUCGCAAUCUGGUCGACCACCGAGCAGGGCCUCGCCAUCACAGCAGGAAGCCUCGCCACCCUUCGUCCCCUUCUACGAACAAUCGGGAAUUCGCUUGGGAUCUCGUGGUCCGGCCCCACGGAAAUCGUGGACCCAAUCCAAUCACCGCCUGCCACCAUCGGCCAAUUCUCGUCAUCCAAGAGAUCGCGCAGGGGCCCAUUCAGCCUUACCACCUUCAUGCGCGACGACGGCGUAGAGCUGCACUCCAACCCGGAUGAACAUAGUGAUCAUAACGGGAGUCAGCCUCCAAUGUGGAAAGGGCCUGUGGCUUCGACGACGCAUCGAAAGGAUGAAGAGUGGUAA